UCGUUGUCAAGUGACAAGCGACCAAUGAUAGUUCCGCCCCUACUCUUGUAUUUAUCAAGUUCUUAGCACUAACAACUUACCCUGUUUGUCUUUCCGAGCCUGUGUUCUAGUGGAGAGAAGAGAGAGAGAUGGUUGGGGGGUAUUGCUACAAGGAUGCGCUGCCAUUCACGGCCAUGGUGACCAUGGAGUGCACCAACGUGGGCUUAAACACACUCUUCAAGGCAGCCACGUUGAAAGGGAUGAGCUACCAUGUCUUUGUUGUUUAUGCUUAUGCUAUUGCUGCUAUAGUCCUCCUUCCUGCACCCUUUGUCUCCCGAAGAUCAAGAGUGCUUCCACCACUUAAUUUUACCAUAUUGUCGAAAAUUGGCCUUCUUGGGAUCAUAGGGAGUUCAUCUCAGAUUAUGGGUUAUACAGGCAUCAAUUUUAGCUCUCCAACGCUUGCUUCAGCCAUCAGCAACCUGGUGCCAGCUUUCACCUUCAUACUUGCCAUACUUUUCAGGAUGGAAAAGAUAACUCUGAGAAGCGCAAGCAGUUUGGCUAAAAUCUUGGGCACCAUAGUAUCAGUAUCAGGAGCAUUUGUAGUGACUCUCUUCAAAGGUCCUCCGAUCGUCAUUGCUCACCCAGCAUCCCUUUCACUAUCUCAACCUUUAAGCUCAGAAAACUCAAAUUGGGUAAUUGGUGGCCUACUACUUACAGCCGAAUAUAUUUUGGUUCCACUAUGGUACAUUGUUCAGGCACAAAUUAUGAAGGAGUACCCGAACGAACUAACUGUGAUAUUCUUUUACAAUUUAUGUGUGAGCAUCAUAGCUGCAAUUGUAGCUGUAAUUGCAGAAAAAGAUUCAAAUGCUUGGAGAUUGAAGUCAAAUAUAGCAUUGGUCUCGGUUGUGUGCUCGGGACUGUUUGGGUCAUUUGUGAACAAUGCAGUUCAUGCAUGGGCAUUGCGCGUGAAGGGACCUGUCUAUGUAGCAACUUUCAAGCCCCUGUCCAUUGCCAUUGCUGUUGCCAUGGGUGUUAUGUUCCUUGGUGAUACUCUCCAUCUUGGCAGUCUUUUUGGAGCAACGAUUAUAUCCAUCGGCUUCUACACUGUAUUAUGGGGAAAAGCAAAAGAAGAGAUCGGAGAAGACUAUGUUGUCGAGAGCCUGGAAUCACCAUCUACCACCCAAAAAGCCCCUCUAUUGCAGAGCUAUAAAACCGUAACAGAGGGAGGGAAAAUGUAAGGCAUCGUGUAAAAAAGCAUGCUACAAAUUGUGCAGCACCUCGUUUGCAUUAUAGGGAAUCGUGAUGAAUUGGCUAAUGGUCGCUGAUCAGAGCACAUCAUAUAUUACAACAUUACGAAUGCAAAUGUAAAUGGUCAAAACGUGAUUACCUUCUUCCCUC